AUGAGAAUUUUAGUUGGUUUAAAAAUGCUAGAUGAUGAAUUAAAUGUUGAUGAUAUAUUACGUAACGACUUAAUGCCGACGUACUUUAUAAUAAACGGUGAAGACGAAAAGCAAAAAUCUGAUAAUGACGAGCUUAAUAUUUUGCCUUCCAUAAAUGGAUCAAUAGAUGCUGCAUUUUCUAUGCUAAACUUCCACAGAAGAAUGAUGAAUGAAUAUCAAUGUCGGAAUUAUGUCGCCGAACAAAUCUUGGAUGAGAUGGGCAAAUCCGUAAUCCAAAACAGACUUGGAAAGCCUUAUAGUUUUAAUAUAAAGGACGGCAUUGGGUUGGCCAGGUCGCAGGAUUUAAGGAGUAAUGUCAUGAAUGAUAUCGGUUCGGCAAAUUAUCAGGAAUGGUUGACUAAAGUUGCCGCUCUUAAUGAUUUAUACCGUCAUUAUAACGUGACAAAAGAUUUAAGAACCGACAAUAUUUCUAUAUCUCACACUCUUCAACCGCACGUGCAAGAACGAGAGGGAUAUGAAGUGUUUGAGGGCCAUGAUACACCUGGAUUGACUGAGACUGGCAGAACACCUUAUGAGGUCUCAAAACAUGGCGGUGGUUACGAAUAUUCAAUGCCGCCGCCGCCGCCGCCUGUCUACCACUCGGCCGCGCAAGAUCCUCACGGCGGUGGAUACGAGUACGUGGCGGAGCGCGAACACCACGGUCUGGGCAUCGCCGACCUCUUUGAUAUAUCGCUAACUGGCAUCGCUUUUCUGUCUUUCGGCAUGUUCGUACUUCAGGUGCUGAUGUGUAUUACUAUGAGUGAUCAACAAACACAAGUUAUGCAAAUGGUAGACACUGGAGACUCCGUGAACGUGGACGAUGUGUUCCGUACCAAGCGUGACGCUGAACGUUACACUGAAGAUAACAUGCAUAAUAAACGAGACAAGCGCAACACGCUAAGCACGCUGAACACGUUGACCCGGUACGCACUGAUGGCGGUAAGACCACGCGGCACUCAGUGUUUGUAUCGAAUGCUGUGUCUGGGUAACAAACAAGCCAGAAACAUGGAAGAUACCAAUCGAUACUGGUUACCCCUUUGGCAUGGUGGCGUGGCGUGGCUGCGUGGAGGCGGCCUGGGCGCGCUGCGUGCUGCCGUGCUGGGACUGGGCGGAGCGGACUGCGACCAUCUAUAUUCUAAACACCAUUGUCUUUCAUAG